UCAGAGGCAGAGCUCUGAUGCUGUACUCAUUGCUCAAACUGGGUGCUAAGAUGUUAUCUUAUUUCGCCUUAUUUUAGGUUUCCGUUCACGCCAGCGGUUACUUCCUCGUUUGAUGGCUGAAGUUUUACGAAUAUCCUAGCUCUGACUUAGUUUCUGCUCUCCUCGAGUGUUGAGUGGGGAUGAAGCUAACAUACUAGCAGCAGUAGGUGAUGAUAUUCUUGGCGUUGUGAUUAGCUCACUAGCUUCAUCUUUUUAUUCGUGGCUAAUGGUAAGGAAGAGCAGCGCAGUGUAACAUUCCCCGGCUUGCUGCUACUUUCCUGCACUUCUGUUUUUAUAUCCUUCAAGACGGACAAGCGAGCUCGAAACCACGGGCUGCUGCGGUGAAAGACUUUUUAAUAGGAAGGGAAAUUAAAAACAGCUGAAACAGCAGCAGCUAGCCGGCUAGCUGCGUUUGCUGAACGGAGGAGACGGCUUCUUAGGAGAAAGGAAAGCCUGUAAUGGCCAACGAGCCGGUUAUUCUGAACGUGUAUGACAUGUACUGGAUCAAUGAAUUCACUACCUCUCUGGGUAUUGGGGUCUUUCACUCAGGGAUUGAGAUUUACGGCAGAGAAUUCGCUUAUGGAGGGCAUCCAUAUCCAUUUUCCGGCAUAUUUGAGAUAACACCUGGCGAUGCCACAGAGCUUGGGGAGACCUUUAAAUUCAAAGAGGCUAUCGUACUUGGAAGUACAGACUUCACAGAGGAGGACAUAGAACGGAUCACGGAGGAGCUAGGAAAGGAGUACAAGGGUAACGCGUACCACCUCAUGCACAAGAACUGCAAUCACUUUUCCUCAGCACUGUCAGAGAUCCUGUGUGGUCGUGAGAUUCCACGCUGGGUGAACAGACUGGCCUACUUCAGCUCAUGUGUGCCCUUCCUACAGAGCUGCCUGCCUAAAGAGUGGCUGACUCCAGCAGCACUACAGUCCAGCGUGAGUCAGGAGCUGCAGGGUGAGCUGGAGGAAGCCGAGGAUGCUGCUGCCUCAGCCUCGGCCUCCACGCCUCGUCCCAGCCGACACCAGCCACGCCGAUAGACUCCUCUGCCAUGACUGACAGGCCUCAGAGGCUGCCUCAAAGCUCCUGCUGCCAACAGAGCCCACCCCUUCCAGUGACAGACCUGCAAUCCACCAGCAGCGUAGACAAGCCCUGUCCUAUCAGUGAAUGGCUCUGACAGAACCAUUGAGGGCCCUGCACUAAUGGUUUUAUUGUCUUGGGUUUUUUUGGUCAAGGACCCUGAGGAUUUUCUGCCUGAUUUAUUGAAAAACACUCAGAGUUGAUUUUAUCAGUGUUUAAAACAUUUUAAUACUUGUUGCCUCUAAUGUUUUGUUUUGGAAACUCAGGACAGAAAGACAUUUUCCAUACCAAUUUUCCUAACUCACCUGAAGGGUUUGAAGGUUUUUUUUUUGUUUUUCUUUCUUAAUGUUAAUUUAAUGCUGUUUGCAACGCUGGAUUUUCUCACUCGCCAUUCUUUCCUCGAUCACCCAUCACCUCAGUGCAUCUUUUUUGAAAAAGGGAGCUUUUGAUUACAAAAAGUAGUGUUUAUGUCCAUGUAUUUAUAGGUUCUUACACAGAAGCUGACACCUGGGCCAAAUGACCCCACUUUUGUACUGACACGUGUCCCAUGUCUACCCACCUUGGUGAUUGUGCCUAAAGAUUUUUACUGUUACUUGCUCAAAGAGAGCUCUGCACUCUUUCUCUACAGUUUACCCGUCGGUCUGCUUCGAGUAGCAGACUCCUUCGUACCCUGCAAAACCUACUUCAGAUGUUUUACACCUUUUAGGUUUUUAGAGUCUUCUAUGUAUUGGAGAUGCUGUUUGUAUUCCAUUUUCUGAUUAUUAAAGAGAACGACAACUUUUUGUUUCGGAAAAAUGAUUGACUUGUUCUGAUGAAUAGUCCAAACGAUCCUUUUUAGUGAAAUGAGCAGGGCGAGCGUUGUUGACCGGAAUAGUUCAAUGGCUUUCUCUUCCGAUCUACGUGAAUGUUACGAAAAACCAAAGAAAAACCGUUCAAUUGCAAACCUCUAAGCUGCUCUAUCAGAGCAGUGUGUUGGAUUUACUUUACUUCAGCGCUGACGUAUCAAAGCGUAAACUUGCUAAUCAAACGCUGAGACGUAACAUGUGAUUAGAAACC